CUGAUGUCUUCAGCCAUCCAGCUCCUGCCAGCCUACUGGCACAAGGUCAGCUCUGCCAUCUCCUGGGGGUGAUGGCCAGAACACCACCUGUGCCAGAGCCAGGCCUGCAGAGGCCUCACCCACCGCCUCUCCCUGCAGGUGCUGCUGGGCACCCAGCCCGGCCUUCUGUCUCCUGAUCUCGCAGUGACCAAGGGUCCCAACAGGCUAUGCAGCUGUGCCAAGGCGCUCCCAGCAUGGCGGCCGCCGAGGUGCCCGGCUACCUGGUAUCCCCGCAGACAGAGAAGCACCGGAGAGCCCGCAACUGGACGGAUGCGGAGAUGCGCGGGCUCAUGUUGGUCUGGGAGGAGUUCUUCGAAGAGCUGAAGCAGACCAAACGCAAUGCCAAGGUGUAUGAGAAGAUGGCCAGCAAGCUCUUUGAGAUGACCGGCGAGCGGCGGCUAGGCGAGGAGAUCAAGAUCAAAAUCACCAACAUGACCUUCCAGUACAGGAAAUUAAAAUGCAUGACAGAUAGUGAGUCCGUCCCGCCCGACUGGCCCUAUUACCUAGCCAUUGAUAGAAUCCUGGCCAAGGUCCCCGAGUCCUGUGAUGGCAAACUGCCCGACGGCCAGCAGCCGGGGCCCUCCACAUCCCAGACUGAGGCGUCCCUGUCGCCGUCCGCUAAGUCCACUCCCCUGUACUUCCCGUAUAACCAGUGCUCCUACGAAGGCCGCUUCGAGGAUGACCGCUGCGACAGCUCCUCCAGCUUACUGUCCCUCAAGUUCAGGUCAGAGGAGCGGCCAGUGAAGAAGCGCAAAGUGCAGCCAAGCUGCCACUUCCAGAAGAAGAAGCUGCGGCUUCUGGAGGCCAUGCUGGAGGAGCAGCGCCGGCUGAGCCGUGCCGUGGAGGAGACGUGCCGUGAGGUGCGCCGCGUGCUGGACCAGCACAACAUCCUGCAGGUGCAAAGCCUGCAGCUGCAGGAGCGCAUGAUGAGCCUACUUGAAAAGAUCAUCGCCAAGUCCAGCGGCUAGCUCACACGCAGCGGGAGACCUGCCUGGCCUCCGUGGGGCUGCUCCGGGGUCACCGCGUCCCCUUCAAGUCUCCAGCAGUAAGGGCGGGGGAACUCACUGGGCCGUGCCCAGGAAGAACAUUCUAGAAGAUUCUAGAACCACUCUCCAGUAUAUAAUGACGAUACUUGAAUUAGCCUUUGAUAUUAAAUGUGUGCG